UUUACUGACUGGGUACUUUCCUUUACUCCAUUCCCCUUCAUUCAGUAUACCUCCUCUUGCUUCCACCAGACAGUCGGAGAGGGCCAUUCGAGGUCCUUUUUCCUUUUUAACUUAACAUCAUCUUGACCAGCAUCAUUUCCAUCUUCCAUCGUUGAAUGUCGUGCUCAGAUCAUCUUCUGUCCCUUGCCGCGCCCCUUUUCGAUCCUCACCCGCCAAUCAACGCCGCCCGCUGCGAUCGAUUCUUAUCCUUGGGCCAUCGACAUCAUUUCCUACUCCUCCCACCACAACGUCUCUCCUCUCCUCAUCCACCACGGCCUCUCCGCCAUCUAAGCGCGCCUCGCGGCCCCCUCGGUCGUUUUCCUCAUCGAAAACGUCCCCUCUCGCCUCACAAACGGACCCUUCAACAUCAUCGCCCCCGGUUAAAGAAGCAUCCCCUUAUCCCCCGCGAGGCCUCCGCGUUCGGUGUCAUUCCUUCGAGGCACAUCCCCCCACAUCCUCCGAUCAGGUCACCGCAGCGAGCUCCUCCAAAGCAAGAUUCUCUUAUCGGCGAAAGAGUUCCUGGAUACCUCCCACGAUCUUGCGCCCGCCGUCAGUGCGACUCGCAAACCCUGUCAAUUACGUUCCCCGCAACACUCCGGUCACGGUACCCCAUCUGUCGCAGCUCUCCGACGAGAACCUUCCACUCGACGCACACCGAGACGCCUACCCUUUGCUGACUAUUCCCGAACGGCGUCGCAGUCGACCGAUCCCAUCUCCGAACAGUCUGGUGGUGGAGCGCAGCCAAGGGGAAACGGA